GGAAGACAGGGAGGAGAGAGGAGAAAGACCACUGGCAGCUGUCCUGAAGUUUCAACCAAAAAAAAAAAGAAAAAAAAAAAAGCACCACCGCCAUGAAUGCUGCCAUUGCAUUCGGUAGUGUGUCCCGUUUGCAACCCUUGGGGGUCAGAUGCUGUGCCGGGGUCUGGACUGGGAGGAGCAGUCAUGGCACUCAUGGCACUUGCGGUCAUGCUGCUGCUGCUGCUGCCACGUGGCACAAAAUCAGCUGCAAGCAAUUGGAGAUUGCAUCUGCUCUACGAAGAUGUGGGCGAAAGGGUGGUGCCCCCCGACUGGAAUACCGCUCACUAGCGUAUUGCUUCCACAGCAAUGGAUUAUCUAGGAGUCGGGUGGUUGACGUGGCCUUGUGUUCGCUGGGUGAUCUUGCCCAAGUAUCAGUUCGGCAGAUGGAGGGGGGGGAGGAUGAAGAUGCAUUGCAAAGGGAGCGCUUGGAUAACAUAACAGAGCAGCUAACAGCGUCAUCAGCUCUUCCAUUUCUGCUGUUGAUGAUGCCGCAAAUCAUCAAGAAUGCUGACUAUCUCAUGGCUGGGAACAAAUCACCGCUGUCUAUUCUUCCCUGGAUGGGGUACACUACUGGACUGCUGGGCAAUAUGCUGCUACUCACAUAUUUUUCCGAAAAGAAGGAGAUGUCUGCCACCAUAGUGCAAGUUGUAGGGGUUGUUUCUACUUUCGUGUUGCUUUCACAGGUUCGGUCUCAAGACCCCUUUGUCCUGUUGACUCCUACCUUUUUGUUAUGCUAGUAGCCAAGCGGAUUAUUACAAUUGUUUAUGACAAUGGAUUCAAUAAUACUGAAGCUUUUUGGCAACUUUUGGCGCAGUGCCACGUAAUCUGGGUGUAAUUCUGGUCACAAACCUACUGGAAAGUCCGUAGUGUGAGUAUGCCGUCAGUUGAUAAGUCUGCGCAGGACAAGUCUCAUGGGGUCGUAGCUUUUGGCGGAGCUGAAGUUCAGGGGUAAGACCGUAAAAAGUACUAAAAAGUUAAGAACUAAAAACUUAGAAAGUCGGUCCUAGGGCCUUUAUUAGACCGGUUCUGAAGAGUCCUUAGGUCAGUAAGCCUCGGGUCAGAGGUCAAAUCGAGGCGCAUCCAGGCCCCUCCAGAGGUCAAAUCAAGGCCCUAGGAAAGU